CAACAAGUGCAGUUGCAGUUGCAGUGUAGAGCAGGCACCGGUCGAAUUCGAGCCUAAUAACCUGCGCUUCUCUUCUCUUCUCUGCUGUGCUUUCCAUCCAUCCACUCCCACGAACCGCACCUCACCUUCUUUCUCUUUCAUUCUCUCUGUACUGUACGUACGUUGCCAAUACUAGUACAGUGAGUGAGUCAUUUGCAUCUGCAUACCCUACCUUACCUGCUCCUACUACUGCUCGCCUCGCUUACUUACUACCCUCCUGCUCCUAACAACAACAACAACAACAACAACAACAACAAGGAAGCUCUAUCGGGAAAGAAAUAGGAGGAAGAAGGAUUAAGGAAGGAAAGCAAAGCAAGCAUUAAUUAAAGGAAAUUAGGAAGGAUGUCAGACUGGGGGCCGGUGGUGAUCGCGGUGGUGCUGUUCGUGCUGCUCUCGCCGGGGCUGCUCAUCCAGCUCCCCGGGAGGCACCACUUCGUCGAGUUCGGCAACCUGCACACCAGCGCCAUGUCCAUCGUCGUCCACUCCAUCAUCUACUUCGCCCUCAUCACCCUCUUUGUCAUCGUCAUCGGAGUACACAUCACCACCGAUUAAUUUUUACUUCUUCUUUAGUUUCUUCAUUUCUGCAGUUCGUCUGCCCUGCCCUCUGUAAUCUCUAUCUUCUUCUUUCUUGCUCAUCCUGUCUUCUCCCCUCCUCCAUAUAUAUCCUACCUCAUAUUAAUUCUACUAUCUACAUGGUGCUUCCUUGAUGUUCAGCACAUCAAACCAUGCAUAAACCAAGACUGUUUUAAAUUAUUACUGUUUUCUACUAGUAUUAUAUAUGCAUGGGCAGUUGGCACUGCUAUCAAAUUCAGAUCUCAUAGCUAGCUUAAUUGAGCAGUUUGGCACAUAUAUUCUCCCAAAUUUUCAGCCUCUACUCUUAUUACUCA